AUGGUUUUCCCGGUGAUGCAGGGCCUCUCCUUCGACUCCCUUUGCUCAAGCCGUUGCCAUCCACUCCCCUGGCGGUCGGAAUGCGUGGCAUGCAACAUGAGCAUGAUGAUCCUUUACCUGAUGUUAGCCAGCAUGCUCUUCAUCGAUGUUUUCAUGGGCCACGUGCUGUUCACCUCUGUCAUUGGAAUCGUGCUGGGCACCCAGAGAGGGCUCAACGGCAUGCGGAAGGCGCCGGACUCCGCGGUCUUCCUCUCCGAUUCCAACCUGGGCGUCGGGGAGAACAAUCCGCGCGCCGGGAAGCUGAUGCAGCGAGUCUUCGGAAACGGAUGGCGACACACCUGGAAUUUGAUUUGCUAUCGUUUGUGGAAGGAGGACCUCCUGAGCAGUGCUGAGGUGGAGGAUAUCCUCCCAUCGCACGGAGGCACGAUUUGUGAGGAUCGCCUUCGAAUGGAGGAGACGAGCACUCUGGAGAAUCCUCCGAUCUCCCACCAUGGCAUCUUCCGCACCCAUGACAUCAUGCCGCUCUCCCAAGUUCUCCCUGCGGUGAAUGAGGAGGUGAUCCUGCAAGAUGGCUUCUUGACCGCGCAGAACGGCGCCAAUCUGCGGUGGAUCAUCAUGAAGUACCCCAAGGAUCCACCAACAUAUUCGAGCAUUCUCACUUUAGGAUAUUUGGGCAAGGCCCAGCCGGGUGUGAGCGAUAAGACGCGCAUCGAAGUUCGACUGUGGGCGUCGAUGCGAUCACAGACAGUGAUGAGAACCGUGCAGGGUGCUGUGAACUAUCACAUCGCGUUGGAAGCCAAUCCGACGAUCGUGUCGCCCCACAGCACCAUCUCCAAGCGACAACAACUGGAGAAGUACGUGGAACUGGUGUGGUCUCAUCAGACCCAUGGAGAAGACAACAAGAAAGACAGUGAUGUGCGCCGCUUGUUGGGCCUCUAUGAGGAGAACCCGACGUGCAGAGCACUCUGUUGCGCUGACUAUCCCAUCUACUUGGUCUUCGACUUAGACAUGGUUCAUCUCACCACUUUGGACCGGAAGAUCAUGGGCCAGAUGGUCCGCCGCCGACUGCGGCACGAGAUGGGUGUGCCGGAUGAAUACUUUGAUGACACCCACUUCUUUGACCACUUCCCCUACAUGUCCUGCAAGGCAAACAACGCAUCGGAAUCGGCGUCCGUUUUGGGGGCCAUGUAUAAGAAGAGGCCCUUGUUGGAAGAGCGUCGCAAGCUCAUCCGGGAGCUUGAGCUUAGCAAUCUGGAUGGGAAGUUUAUCGCCUCCCAGGUCGAAGCCUUCGACCCGACCAGCGUCUUGAACUUGGAACUCAUGGAGGCGAUGCCGCGGCGCUUGCCACUGAUGAUCGGAAAUCUCACGCAGGGCAAGGCUGGAAAUCAAUUGAUGGCCUUGCGCUUUUGCAAGGGCUUUGCUCUUCAGGCGAUGGAUGCCAACAUGGGUUCCUUCAUCGGAGAAGCCUUUAAGGUGCCCAUGGUGCUGAAGCGCUUCCAACCGCGGGGCAGCUCCCGAGACGUGGUCACCGCCAGGCUGAUCGGCUUCCGCGAACACAUCUUCACCGUGGCCCAUGGCAUUUGUGGCGACAUUAACGCCGUGGCGGAGUGGUGCUUCGGGACCUCCAUCCAGCGGGUUCAGACCUGGCUGGGCGUGCGCAUGCACUACGGGCAUCCAGACUUUGUGGAUCUCUACUGGGCCCGGAACCGUGGCUCCAUGAGUAAGGCGACACCGCAUAUCAAUCUCUCGGAGGACAUCUACCUCGGCUUCAACGCAGCUUGGUUGGUCCUGGAAGCUCUGGGAGGGUCAAAAAACCGUGGGGAAAAAUCCGACCACUUCGACUUCCUGGAGUGGGAGAAAGGCAGAGAGGUCUCCUUCAAUGCCGCCAGCACCUUCUUGUACAAGAUCUCGGGUGGCAACAUCGGUGUGUGGCGCUCCAAGGCUGCGUCGCUGCGCUCACUAGCUUUCAGACUGGUGGCGCGGAGCCUAGCAAUGGCUGAUGGGGGCGGCAAACCCUUUUGGAAAGACGAUGAGAUCGUCUGCGACAAAGAUGGAGUGCCCCACUACACCGGCAGGUAUCCCAGCCUCAUGAAGGAGUAUCGCCGUCGAGUCCUUUUCUGUUUCAACAACCUGGAAGGAGACGGCAAAGACGCAACAGAAGAGGCCAGGGAUUUGGAAAAGAAGAAAGCCCGACUCGCAAAGAAGCUCCUGGACGCCCUGCACGGCGAAGCUUGGCGAGCCUGUCAGGAUCUUCUGACCAAGGCUGAUGAGCUCAAGAUGCCAAAUGGAUACAAGUUGAUCUUCGAAUGCCUCCAGACCAUCGAGAAAGCACCGAUCAUCCGGAAGACGGAAGCCUUUGACCAGUACUUUGAGAACUGCUUUAGGCGCAAAGGCCAAUCGGUGGAUGACCACCUCCGGAGGCGGAAGCAAGAUUGGGAAGAUCUUUGUGAUCUGAGUGACAACACCUCAAUGAGCGAGGACCUUCGCUCAUACUUCUUGCUGAAGAACAUCAAUCUGGGCCGUGAUGACAGGAGAUCCAUCCUUCUUGCAAACCAGUCGGAUGACACCAUCGCUGGAAUCGAGAAGGCGCUUCGUGUUAGCUACUAUGAUGUCCAUGAGAAGGAGAAGAAACAAAGCUGGCAGCCGAAGCAAGACAAGCCACACCGGCGUGAUGGUGGGUUCCGCAAGCGCGGAUGGGCUCAUUGGGCUGAAGAGGUUGAUGAUGAGACCGCCGAGUUCGAGAUUCAAGAGUAUGCCAACUACGACCUCGACGAGAAUGACAUGGAGCAAGAAGAUGAUGAAGAGGCCUAUCAAGUCGAGGAGGCCUAUGAAGUUGAACAGCACUCGGAUGAAGGGGCAUCACAAGACGAAGAUGUCUACAAUGCCUAUGCAGCCUUCGACAAGAUGAGAAAAGGCUACAAGGAGAGCCGUGCCAAGUUGAAGGAGUUGCAGAAGAAUCGAGGCUUCUUCCGAGCAGAUCUUCGUGGAGAGCUCACCUAUGAUGAAAGAAAGCAAGCGAUCGAUAAGGAGAAGCAACGGACAAGAUGCGGCACCUGCGGCCACGUCGGCCACUGGUCGGGGGAUCCUCAAUGCCCUCGAGCAUCCAAGUCCGGUCCCAAGAAGAUUCAGUCAGGUGCAAGUGGAAGCAACAAGAAAGGGAAGCGCAAGGGCAAGUCCCGUGGCAAGGCCUAUUUGGUCGGAGAUGAACCUUUGUUGUUUUCGCUGGAUGAUGAUGAUGGAGAAGAGACGCAUGCAGCCUACAUGAUUGGCCCUGGGGAGAAGGAGGAAGAUCAGAUGCAGCAAGAUGCCGGGCUCAAUGACUUUGAUGAACGUCGCAAGACAUCGGCCAGUCAGGCCGUGAGCCCACGAUCUUCUUCGACUUGGGAGCAUGUCGCACCGAAUGACAUCCCCACAGCUUAUGCCGGCACCACUACGAUCGCUGGCCCAUGGCUUGGUUCAGGUCCACAGCAGGUGGCGGAGAUCACAUCACAAGUUGAUUGGAUGGUCCCGGUUGCUUCAGAGAAGAUGUCCCUGCUUUAUGUCAACAGCUUUCAGGAGGUGAUGCCAGACACGCCAAUCAUGGAGAUGAAGGCCCGUGAGCUGCAAGCAGAAUGUGAGCAUUGGAACCUCCAGACAUCCGGCACCAAGGCACAGAUGCAAGAUCGUUUGAACAGCCCCAAGGCCGAAGUCCGUGGUACAGCCAGCUUCACCCAAGAGGAUGCCAAUGUCAGCCAGUUCGGCACCCAACUCACCGGCACCAAGUUCCAGCGAGGCCUGGAGGAGGAACCGCAGAGCCAAGGACUGAUUCUCCCAAAGUCCAAGUCGCCAAUCUAUGUCGACGCCACUGUAUUCCAAUCCCUACGGGCAUGGCAGUGGGAAAGGCGACCAUGGAGGUCACGUGUCCGAUCUGUGAAAGCGCUAUGGUUCUUCGCGCGAACCGAGUUGAUGGUGGUCUUUUCUUUGGUUGCAGCCGUUUUGGAAAGCAGGAAUGCACUGGCACUCGACGAUUUGAUGAGGUGGUGCGGCCGGCAUCACAGUAUGGCCACCGGGCAUAGCCCGGCAAGUGCAUUCAAUGGCAGCAACAAUGUAUCACCGCCAUUCCUGGCAAGCGCUUUCAUGAACCGGGAUGGUGAGCAUGAGCCGAAUUCGAUCCUUGAGCCCAAUGCCAAAGACUUCGAAGCGAACACGAUGAAUUCACUGCAUGAUGAAGGUGGGCACGACUAUGAUGAUGGUCCACAAGAUGAGUCACGACUUUGUUUGCUGGAUUCCGCAUGCACGGCCUGCAUGCACAGCCGGAGGUGGAGACAAGCCUAUGAGCGAACACUUCCGGCAGGCCUCAGCUGCAAGAAGACAGAUCAAACUAAGGUGUUCCACUUCGCCAACGGAGCAUCUACCGAGGACAGAGUUGCUGUUUGGGAGAUUCCCAUUUUUCUUGGAGGUCGUAGAGGACAGGUAUACAGUGCUGAACUUCCAGAAGGUUCUACACCGCUGUUGCUUUCCAUUCCUGCCAUGACAGCAUUGGACAUGACCCUCCAGAUGAAGCAACGCAAGGUUCUUGUUCAGUCGCUCAACAUUGAACUUCCCAUGUUUGUCACCAAGACAAAGCACCUCGCAGUUGAAGUGGCGUACAAAGAAGGUUCAACAAUUCCAGAGCUUUCGAUGGAAGCAGCCCCUUCUGUGAUGUCUGACAAACGUGACCUUAUGGUUUACUACAGUGAGGAAGCAGAGUUUCCUUUGUUGAGCGAGAUGGCCGAUGUUGAGGUCUCCAUGUUCUCCCGCAGCAAGGACAAGCAGCAACCAACUCUUGGAGCACGUGGCAUCUUGAACAAUGAUGCAAGAGGCCAGCUGUCUGAGAGAAGAGCGAAGGAGUUGCAAGCAAAAGCUCAGAAAGCGCAAGCAGUUGAUUCUCGCACCUGGGCAGCUUUGAAAAGACAGUACAGUCUUGCAGAGCAAUGGGCGACCAAAUCUUUUUCCACCACAGUUCUCUUCGAACCUUUUGGAGGGAAUUUUGGAGUCACAAGAGUAGCAUCCCAUGUUCACGGAUGGACGAACAGCCAACCGCUGGAUCUCAUGGAUGGCUAUGACAUCAUUUCCCCUGGACGCCAACAGCUGUUGUGGAAAGUUUUGGAAGAACAUGAUCCCUACAUGGUUCUCAUCGCCUUCCCAUGUACUUUCUGGAGCUUGUUGUGCAACCUCAGCCAAGGUGUUGACUGGGGAAAGUUGAGGAGAACAUUGGGUCGAGCAACAUUGCUUUUGGUCGUGCGCAUCUGUGUUUUUCAGCACCGCAGAGGACGUUUCUUUUUGCUAGAGAACCCAGCCGGGUCUAUGGCGUGGGUAUUUGAGAAGAUCAUUGCAAAAUUGUUUGUUCUUACAGAUGGUGUUUACACCACAGGCGAUCAAUGCAGAUAUGGCAAAGUUGAUCUGGAAAGUUUGAGGCCCAUCAAGAAACCAACGGGAUGGCUCAGCAACAACCAGUUUGUCCUCAAUCAACUGGGUCGCAAGUGCACAUGUCGUUGGGGUUCACACCAGCAAGUUUUGGGGAGCAACCAAUUUGGUUCCAGAGCUCUUCAAGCAGCAGCAUACCCUGAAGGCCUCAGCCGGGCGAUUUGCUCCGGCAUUCUCAUGAGCAUGAAGUUUGAGUACAGCCUCGCCAUGUCUUACAAAGCAGGUUCACACAGCUUUGUCUCCUUUGAACUUGCCUUCCCAGCUCGUGAUGAGGUGGAUGUUGAUAUGGAGGAGGCAGAUCGGGAGGAGGUCACCAGGGAAGAUGCGCAGCAUGACAAGUGGACGGUCAUUCAACCAGAUCGUCUCAUCCGAGAGCAUUUUGUUCCAAGGUUGAGACUUUUCAUGCCGGCAGCUUUGACAGAGCCACCCAUUCCGAUUCACCGGAUCUUGCCCGGGAGACGAACUGUUGCCAAGUAUUUGAACCACAACAGUGAAGUUGUUGACAAUGAAAUUUAUGAUGAUGAAUGGGCAACAGGUGGUGUGAGGUCUAUGUAUCGUACAUGGGUGGGCCACACAGAGUUUCGUUUCCAGCCAGAGGAGCUUCAAGAGCGUUUUCAGCCUGUUGCAAUGAACCAACCUUCACAACCGGAGCUUGUCGAUUUUUCUCCCUUGACGCCGGCACCGGCGACACCUGCACCUGGCACACCAGGUAUUCUGCAGAGGAGAAGGGCGCGUACCCGACAGCUGCAACGUGGCUUCUGGACUGAGAUUGAGAGUCCGGAUGUGGUUGAUCUUUUGGAAAGAACUUCAGAGCACAUACUGGAGCAGGGAGCUGGCGAUUGGACACUUUUGGAUCCCAAUAGCGAUCUUUUUACAGAGUGGCAAUCCCAUGAGUCAGCAAACGCAGAUGUUGUUUUAGCUCUCUGUUCACACCGUGCCAAGAGGAUGAAGAAACCUCAACCACAUGCAGGUCCAGCAGAUGUUCCAGUGCGUCGCUCAUACCUUUUGUUGGCAGGUGGAGAAGACGGCAAGCAAGGUCUGAGCACAGACUGGGAGGAUUGGGCACAGAUGGCACCUUCGUCACAACAGCGUCCACUUGUUGGUACACACCGUGUUUUCUACAUGGUUUUGUAUGGCAAGCCUGCAGGUGAAGCUGAUGAUCAGAAAGGUGACAAGUUUUUGCAACAAGAGCUGGAGCGAGAACGGAAGUGGCAAGUUUUGCCGCGAGAGCUGAAGCUAGCAUUGAGGCGUGUUCACAUCAACUUGGGCCAUGCAAGUCCCCAGGCUAUGAUGAAGGCAUUGCGCAUUUCACGUGCAUCAGCAAUGGCUCUGAAAGCGUGCAGGUUGUUUCGAUGUGCAGAUUGUCCACGCCUCAAAGUGCCAAAGCUCCCACGACCUAGCAAGCUACCCGUUGCAGAUGAGUUCAACACACACGUUGGAGUUGACAUUAUUUCUGAAAAGGAUAGCACUGGUCAGAGUUGGCAAUGGCUCAACAUCCUUUGUCAAGGUACAAGUUUUCAGGUUUGCAUCCUCCUCGGCGACACCAACAUGAAUCCUACAGGGAAGGCAGUUCUUGCAGCUUUCCACCAAGGCUUGUUGUUGGCCGUGAGUCCUGAGCACUUAGCCCGAGCUUUUGACCAAGAGGUUCGGCAAUGGGCAAUCGUUGAUCAGGAGCGUGAGUUGAUUGACGCAAUGCCUGCAGCUGGUGGAACAGGGUUCAUUGACCUUCGGAAAACUCCAUUACCACCUGCACUCACCGAAGGCGCAAUAGCAGAUGUGCCAGAAAGUCAGCAGGAGGAUGACGAUAUGGGCAUUCCGAUUGAAGGUCCUGAGCAGCCGCCACAAAGAGCCGAAGAACCUUCCAGUGAGGAGCAAGCAGCACCUGCGCCAGUGGAGAAUGUCUCUUCGGAAGACCUCAGUGCAAGCUCUACAUCCAUGGCCCGGAUGAAGCUGGAAUCUGACAGAGAUCAGAGAAGAAUGUUGAAGAGCAGCGAGUUCUUCGACAAACGAGCUCGUGAGAGAAGGGAAGCUCGUGAAAGACGACAAUCCGAUUUCGAAGAAGCUGAACGACUUCGUGAACAGCAGAGACAAGCAGAGGCAACACCUAUAGAAGAAGAUGUUUUUGAUGAGGAGCUUCACGACUACCACCAGAGUCGACCGACCCGACAGUUGACACCAGUCGUGGAGGACCCAGCUGCAGAGGCAAAUGAAAGAGAAGCUAAACGCUUGAGAGUGUCUGAGGAUAGUCCUGAGACCGCCAACUUCGUCGAUGCAGCAGACAAAAUUCCUUUUGCUUUCAUGGCCACCGAACAAGAAGGUUUUCUUGAGGAGACGGCAUAUGCCUACUACAUGGACAGGCAGCUGGCCUAUGAAGGCCUUGGUGUUAGUUUGGACACUUUCAUUUUUGGCAUGCGGCGCAACGACUUCUACGAGCGCUACAAGUCCAUGCAGGAGCACGCCAUGCAAGGCACAGCUCUGAGUGCCCCAGACACCAAGAAGAAAGGAAGAAAAGAAGUGAAACUUCAUGAGUUGAAGCCCGAGCUUCGUCGAGAGUUCACCAAAGAAGGAGGCUCAGAUCAACGAGAGUGGGAUGCUUGGAAAUCCAAAGAAGCCUGCGAUGUUUUGAGCCCAGAUGAGAGUCGCAAGAUUCAGCAAAACAGCCCAGAGCUCAUCAUCUCCACAAGAUGGGUUCGCACAAACAAGAAUGAUGGUUUGCAAAACAAAGAGUUUUUAGCAAAGAGCAGACUUGUUGUACUGACGCUCGUACAAGGGUUCAAAGACCGGUCCCUUGGACAUUUCAGGCGGGGUGCACCAACAGCUUCAGCAAUUGCAGAGUCGAUUGUUUUGGCAAUUUGUGCCUACCUCGGUCUGACCUUGUUUGCCAAAGAUAUCAAGAACGCCUAUUUUUCUGGACGCAGUUUGGAAAGAGAGGUUUAUUUGUCCCAACCUCGUGGAGGCUUGCCCGGCCUUCAAGAAGGCCAACUCCUGAGAGCUCGAAAAGCCAUUUACGGUUUUGCAGAAGCUGCGCGAAUGUUUUGGCUUGCUUUGAGGGAGUACCUCAUUUCAGAUGGCUGGCAGGAAAGUCGUUUGGAGCCCGCUUUGUUUUAUUUGAGGCAAGGCAACAAGCUUCGUGGAAUCCUGGUCAGUCACGUAGAUGAUCUUGAGGGAGGUAUACAGCCUGAUAUGUUGGAGACAGCUUUUUCAAAGUCCUCACAAGCACUUGAAUUUGCUACCAACCACUACAAAGACUUCAUUUUCCGUGGCAGGGAGAUUCACCAGACUCCAGAACGACAUGUUGAUGUCAGCGUGAAGAACUACGCUUUGAGCAUGAAGCCGGUCCGCAUCGAAAAGCACCGUCGGCAGCAGCUUGAUUCAGAGCUGACAAAAGAAGAACUCGACCUCCUACAGAGUUCAGCUGGCGAGCUCGGGUGGAUCACCCGGCAGUUGAGGUGCGACCUGGCCUUCGAGAACGGCGUGAUUCAAAGAUGCAAGACAGAAGCUUGCAUAGCUGACCUUGUUCGCUUGAAGCAAUAUGUUGGACAAGCUCGACGAGGCGCCAACUUUAGACUUCGAUACUGGAGCGAUGUGAACUUGAGUGAAGCCGUGGUUGUGCAUUUAGCCGAUUCUGGUUUUGCAAAUGGCAGCCCUGAGCACAAUGGCCUUCUUCGCUACCGCUCGGUGGGAGGCUACUUCAUUCUCCUUGCCAACAAGGAGAUACUUCAGGGACAACCUGCAAGAUGCAACAUGAUUUGUUUUCAGAGCAGCCAAACCAAAAGAGUGUGUCGCAGCACGCUAGCAGCUGAAGCCAGUCACCUAGCAGAAGCGGUUGAAGCUGGAGAUUGGGUAACAGUUGUUUUGGAGGAGGCUCUGACCGGAGAUGUUGAUCUCCGGAAUUGGCAAAGUGUGAUAGAAAGAAGGGAAAGGGUCUAUGUGACCGAUGCAAAGUCGGUUUACGACUAUCUGCGUAAGGACGCCACAAGCACCAGCACUGACAAGAGGAUGGCAAUAGAAGGUGCACUCCUAAGGGAGACCGUGAGAAAGCCCAAAGCAGAUGUCAGAUGGAUCGAUGGAAUGCAAAACAUAGCAAAUGUUUUGACCAAGCACAAUGCCGAGAAGGACACCCUUCGAGAGUUUCUGAGGACAGGCCAAAUGUCGCUGACGCAGACAGAGGCCAACCAAAAGUUGAAAGAGAAAAGACGCCAAGAGCGCCAGAGCAGAAGUGAAAAGAAAAGAAGUUUCAAAGAAACCAACAAAGAAGCUGAUUUGAAGCAGAAAAGGACUGCAAAGGCCGAAGCCAUUCGACCUGGAGAGGACCUCACGGAGAGUGCAAUGGUACUGCCGACGAUCGAUUUGUUCUCCUUCUACUUUGCCACCGUGGGUUACUUCGUGUCCUUGACCGUCAUCGACAUGACCAUGUACUUCUACGUGGGCUUCCACUUGAUGCUCACCAUGGCCUCUGUCUCGCUCCACGAGCUGGGGACCUUGGGCACCACGAUGUCGGUGGAGUGGAUCCUUGGACCGGGCUUCUUCAUGUUCGAAGGGCUCUUGGAGUAUGGGGGUCUCUCUGAGGGCUUCCGCCGUAUCAUCGUCGGCUUUGACUCCACUGCACGUGUUUCCUUCUCACCUGAGAAUAUCUUCAUAUAUCCCAAUAUCCUCCCGACUCUCCCCGACAUGAAUUUCUUCGGCGCAGAUAUUCUGCCGGCUGGAUCCAUUUACUGGGCGCUGACACUGAUGUUCUUCACCUUCCAGAACAAGACCAAGUCCGCAGCUGUGCGACAGGCGCUCCGCACGGGCACAGCCACAUAUCGAGCCACGGGGCGGCCGAAUGCCAAUACAAGGCUGACGUUGAUCGAUACCUUUCUGCAGUACCGACAGAUGCACUACCAGGACGCUUGCCUCUUCCUCUUCUAUUACAUACUCUACCGCAGUGCCAACAUGGGCCUUGCCGGCGCCCUGCCAAUGAUUACCAUCAUCUUCGCAUGUGUUUGCUGGCUCACUGUGCCCACGCUCUUCGCGCCCUACCCGAGCUGGCAGAACCUGUGUGAGGACGUGGAGGCCUUCUACCACUUCAUGAUGCGUUGCCCUGCCGACCGGAGCAGGGCUGAGCUCUACCACACCAGGAUGUGGAUCACGAUCUCCGCGAGUGGCAAUAAGCCGGCGCAGGAUCCACCCAAGGCUGGCGCCAAAGGCCAACCCGGGAACCUUUUUGAGGUGCUCCUGCAGUCUGCCUUGGAAUCCGACAAUCGGCUGCUCGAUCCGGUGAAGUAUGUGAUCGUCAUGUUCAACUACCGCUUCACGGACGAUUGCAUGUCCUUAGCCUGGAGCCUUUGUCGCACCACCUUGCUCUUUGCCACCUUGCCCUCUUCAGUGAUCGAAGCUGGAGAGUUCUGCCUUUUCAUUUGGGUGCUCCACGCCUUCCUCGUCUUGGCCUUUGGUGUCUUCGUGGACGUAUUGUGGAUCGGGGCACCUUGCGCCGCAGCUCCCAGGAUCCUGGCGAAAGCCACCUCCUUUUCCACCAUUUUGCUGGCUGGUAUGCUUUUCUUCUCCUUCCUGGACACCGUGGCGAAGGUGCUGCUCUUCCUCAGCCGCCGCUGGCGCAAGUUGCCCGGCCGUGGCAGGCCGGUCACCGCCAAGAACGUGAAAGUCGGCAUGAAGGUCCUCCCCGGCAAGGAUUGGAUGUAUGACAUGAAGAAGGACGAUGCCAAGCAGAACGCGGCCCCGGGAUGUUCCAUGGUGGGCACCGUCACCAACUGCGACGAUUGCCAGGAGCUGGGCUAUUGCGAGGUCAUGUGGGUCAACGGCAGCGAGGGCCGCUAUCGCAUCACCACGAGCUGGCAAACUGCCAGCGACCUUCGGCGACACCCAGACUGGCUCCUUGGACGCGGAGCACGCGGGACGCGACGCGGGCUCCUUUCGUUUUUCCCCCCGUGCGACGCGACGCGGGCUCCGCGCUUUACACGCGCGCCUGCGUUCUUUUUUGUGUGGUUUGAACACCCAGCAGACAAGGUAGUGAACUGA